UGCUGCUGCUGGUGGCCCUGACCCGGACGCGGGAUGGCCGGGAGCCAGGCGGUGGCCGGGACAGGGUGGGGCGGUGCAUUUGCCAGCGCAGAGCUUUUCAGUCCCUGGGCUGAAACUGAAAGGAGCCGCAGAGCCGGGCGUUAGCUGUGCGGCGGGGCACCGCAGGACGCGGUGCCACCAUGGAGCUGGGGAACAUCUCGCAGCCCGUGUACGGCCCUGGCCUCGAGGAGCCGAGCAGCAGCAUGCCGGGGCUGCUCCGCAUGGCGCACGGCUUCCUGCACCUGGUGCAGCCCCACGAUCUCCCCUUGGAGCUGAUAGCGGAUCUGGCACAGACGCAGGGCAGGGUGGUGACCGACGAGCAGAAGGAGGAGCUGCUGCGUUACGAGCUGGGCUUCCUGGUGUGCAUCGCCAUCGGGCUGCUCUUCGCCGUCGCGGUGCCGCUGGCGGGAUGCUGCUUCUGCUGCUGCCGCUGCUGCGGGCGCUGCGGGGGCCGCAUGUCCCAGAAGCAGAGCGGGCGGAUGCGCAGCCGACGCCGGGUGCUGUACAGCGCUGUGCUGCUGGUGUCGGCGCUCCUGCUGGCCGGCGAUGUGUGCGCCUUCAUCAGCAACAUCCGCUUCUCGCAAUCUGUGAGCAGCGCCUUCCCCAACAUCAACAGCACCGUGCACGACCUCUGCUCCUACCUGCUCUCCAUCCCCCAGCAAGUCAGCUUCAUCAUCGACAGCAGCAGCAUCCCGUUGGGCAGCGCCAAUGACAGCCUGCAGAACAUUGGGCCCCUCCUCGGCGGCAGGAUCGCCUCCAGCAUCAGGAACUGCACAGACGAGGCGCUGGGAUCCCUACAGAGCCUUUUGGGAGGUGAUGUCCCAGUGAUUCUGAGGAUGUGUGGGGGACACCGGGGGGAUACAAGGGCUGAGGGCUGGGCUGGGGGCACAUGUGGUGUUUUGGGAAAGGCCUCUGGGGAGGGGUGUGCCUGCCCAUCCCUGGUCUGGCUGGAACGCUGGCACUUUGGGGUGUAUUCCUGGAUGUCCCUUGCUGCCUCUCCAGCAAUGGAAACACUGGCGUCCACCUUUGGCACCAUCAACAGCACCCGCUGGCGCCUGGAGGAACUGCAGGGCACCUACGACGGGCAGCUGGGCACGCUGCGGGCACGCAUUGACAGCACCUUGCAGCGCUGCGGGCAGCCCUGCAGCACCACCUCAUCCAGUGGUGUGGCCUUCGUGGCCAACUAUAGCACGGUGCCCGGUGUGGAGCGGCAGCUGGAGGCGCUGUGGGAUGUGCUGGACAGUGGCAUAGAGGGGGAUUUGGAGGUGAUCAGCAUGCUGGAGCAGGCCCCCAGAAAGGUGCAAGAGCAGUCCCAGAACGUGGUGACACGGACCCAGGAGCAGCUGGGCUACAUCAGGCAGGAGAUUCACAGCAUGCAGGACGAGCUGCCGCUGCAGAAUGUGGAAGAGACAGCUGGGAACCUGGUGAACCAAACCAACGCCGUGCUGGGGGACAACCAGAAGACUAUCACCGACCUGGAUAGCAUCAGGUGGAGCGUGUGUGCCCUGCUGUGCUGCAUGGUGCUGCUGGUAGUCCUGUGCAACACCUGCGGGCUGCUGCUGGGGCCGCUGGGGCACAAGGAGAGCACGCUGCCCACCCAGCGUGGCUGCCUCUCCAACACCGGAGGGAACUUCUUCAUGGCAGGGGUGGGCUUCAGCUUCAUCUUCUCUUGGCUGCUGAUGCUGCUGGUGCUGCUCACUUUCUUCCUGGGGGGGAACAUCUACAUGCUGGUCUGUGAGUCCUGGAGCAGCCAGCAGCUCUUCCAGCUCAUGGAUACCCCUGGUCUCAUCCCCGGCUUCAACCUUUCGGAGGUGUUGGGUGACGAGAGUGGCACCAUCACCUUCUCACAGAUCUACAGAGAAUGCCAGCAGGAUGCUGCCCUAUGGCAGACGCUGCGCCUGGACCAGAGGGUGUCCCUGGAUGAGCUCCUGGACAUCAGCCAGUACACAGAGAAGAUCUCAGCGGCUUUCCAGAAGCUGAACAUCACCCUGACCCCCAUCUCUGUGCUGAACGAGAGCCAGCGGGAGCUGCUGCUGAAUGCCUGCCAUGAUGCACAGCCCCCCAGCUUCACCCACACCCUGCAGCAGCUGGAUCAGGGCGUCACGGUGGGCAGCCUGCAGGAGCUGGCCACAGAGCUGGAGCAGUUGGUGGGCAAUGCGAGUGCAGAUGUGCAGAGGGACCUGAAGGCAGAUGCUGCUGAGCUGCGGGAGCUGGACAGGGAGCUGAACAGCAGCUUCUCAGGGCCGCUGAAAACCCUGAAGGAGAACAUCCAGCUGGUGCAGAGCCAGGCUGCCCAGCUCGAGGCACAGACAAACUCCACGUUGGACAAAGCCAGUGCAGCAGAGGAGUUCCUGAGAAGGGAGAUGGAGAACAUAAUCAAGAAUGAGACAUGGGCCUUUCUAGAGGAGCUGCUGGACUUCUUUGAGACCUACAUUGCCUGGGCCAAGAGCAGUCUGAGGAUGGAUGUGGCACGCUGCAAGCCCAUAGCCCAGAGCCUGGAUAACGUGGAGGCCAUCGCCUGUGACCACAUCUUGGACUCUAUGAACACCUUCUGGUUCAGCCUGGGCUGGUGCACUGUGUUCCUGCUGCCCAGCAUCAUCCUGGCCGUGCGUCUCGCCAAGUUCUACCGCCGCAUGGACAUCAACGACGACUACAGUGCAGCCGAAGGAGCUAUGUGCUGCUGGAGAAGUGAUGCUCAGGAAUGUCAAAACUCCAUGGGCUGCAGGAGCCCCCACGCUGUGCCCAGAUGAGGAGGCUGGAAUGGAGGGACUGUCACAGCCUGCAGCACCCACACCUUCCUUGUGUGCCCCGGAAGAGCCCCAUCCUGCAGCGUGAUGCUGGGCCUCAAGAGGCCCUUCUGACCCACUGACAUGAUCCCUUCUUUUUCCUUCCCCCUAGGAAAGAAGCUGUGGAGAUGUAAGUAGCAGUGCUGGGUCCCUACUUGGGGUAAAUCCUGGGGCACGGGGACAAGGAGAGGAACCUGGAAAGCACAAGCUGAGGGGGUGCAGGCAGCAGGGUGGGACCCUGUGCAGUACUACUGUUUCAGAGUCCCUUUACCACAUUCUCCCCUCCUCCUUUUGGGGUGCUGGGCCACAGAGGGACAGCAUUCUGCCUUCCCAUGGCAUUCUUGGCUGUCCCCUGCUGUCCUCUGUGGUUGGGCGUGACGCAAACACCCUUGAUUUUGCAGAGGGCCUGCAUUCAACCUGUACAAAAUCCCCCAGCCAGCUACAAGUCAUUAGCCUCCAUCACAACACGGCACAGGCACUAAGGACACUGAACAUGACAGCUUCGUCUGCUGCAUCUUCUCCCUUAGCACAGGGAACAGGCUGGGAGCCCCCUCCCCACUUCCCAAUAAGUGGUGAGGUGCUACAGCUGGGAGACAGCCUGCAGGAGAAGGGUGUGUGCUCUUUGCACUGCCCCAGGUGGGGCUUUGCUACCCCUCAUCACCUGGGGGAGGUGGCAGGGAAGGGGAGGAGUAGCAGAGCAUCUCCCCACGGUUCAUUGCAGCCAUGCUGUGGUGUGGGGCUGGGCCAGGACCCCUCCUCCCCCUUGUGUGCACAGGCAGAUGCUGCUGGCUGAGGGGAACUUGCUUACCUGCUCCAUAACCAAUGUGAGUAUUUAUUUGUGCAGGGAGCCUGACUCUCCAGUGCUGUGAUUUUGGGUGUAAAACAAUAAAUGAGGUG